AUGGGUCAAUGUCAACUAAUCUACACGUUAUUUGUCAUAACAAUAUUUUCACUGGGCGAAUCAUACCCGGACCCAAACUGCCCGGCGCCCAGCGACAUUGCACCAUGCACAUGUUUCAGAGAAAUUGUACCCCCCGUAGGGUAUAACGUAUACAUAUACUGCGAGGGCACCGACACGUUAGACUUGAAGGCAAUGUUUUACCGGCUGAGUUCGGGUCCGGGUUUCUACCGGUUUAGGCUAACCAACACACAAAUCACUGAAUUGCCGGCCGAUAUGUUUGGCAACGUUCAGUUCGCUGGGAUCGAGAUAUUCGGCACCCGUAGCCUACGGCGCGUACACUCCCGGGCAUUGUCCGGACCGGUCGGCCACGCAUUGAACAGUCUAUACAUCAAUGACUCGCCCGUCGGUGACGCUGACGGCGAUUACGAUCUGUUCAAAGCCCUGGCGCCGGCCGUCAAUCUACGCGAGCUAACCCUAAUCAACACCAGCCUCACCGCUAUACCGGCCAACGCCCUGCACUCGGCCUCCGCGUUGCACAAAGUGACCAUCACUGACAACACCCGUUUGACCAGUUUGGGGAGCCGUGCGCUUAACCUGACGGGUCAGUUGUUGAGCGUAAACCUGCGAAAUAAUCGUAUAGACAAUGUGUCGGCCGACGCCAUACGACUGGUGCCCACAUUUGCCGCUGAGCUUAACGUUAGCGGCAAUCCGUUGAACUCCCGGCCGCUGAGCGCCGAUAUGUUUGCCAGUAUUGCAAAAGGCAGUAGUGUUUCGCUGUAUACAUACGGAGACGGCUUUCAGUACGUGAAUCGUACGGUAUUUGAGCCGUACCUGAGCUCCAGUACUCAUCACACCCUCUAUUCGGACACCGACUGCGCCGACAGUCCACGAGGUAAACCAACCAUGUCAACAUCACCUACAGUGGGCUACUUUGCGAGGAGGGGUCGGGCGCAGUCAAUACGCUUACUAUUGAAGUACGCGGGCAUACAGUUCACGGACAAGCGCUACGCCUACCCUAAGGACUGGCAAUCGGAAAAGUUUACACUGGGUUUGGACUUUCCUAACAUUCCCUACUAUAUUGAUGGCGACCUUAAACUGACCCAAAGUAUGGCUAUAAUGCGAUACUUGGGUGAAAAGCACGGCCUGUCGGCCACCGCUGACCCCCAACGGGCCGUACAAGACAUGGCUGAGCAACAGCUUCAGGAUGUGUUUGAGGGAUUGGUGGCCAUAAUGUAUGGACGGGGCAAUGGAGAGGCCAAACCCCCGGCCUAUAUCACCGGCACUCUCGAUCCUCAGUUGGAUCUGUUGGCGAAGUUCUUGGCGGACAAGCAGUGGCUAACCGGCGAUCAGUUGUCUUACGUAGACUUUUUGGCGUAUGAAUUGUUGGAUAAGUUGAGAUUGUAUGCGCCCGAGUCUGUGGCCAAACACCCAACUAUUGGCCAGUAUUUGGACAGAUUUGAAGCCCUGCCCGCCAUUAAGGCAUACAUGAGCUCCGAUGAGUUCCUGUCGUGGCCUGCGUUUGGACCCACAGCAAAAUGGGGCGAAACAGACAUACGAUCACUGCAUAGCAGUCCCGCACAAUACACCCCAUUCGGCUCCUAUAGCCUCAAAGCCCAGGGAUUGUCAUCUAAUAUGACAAUUGCUGUCACAUAA